GCCCCGCGGCUGUGCGCGCCGGGUGCCUCGUAGCUGUUAGUUUCGGUGGGGCGGCGAGGGCGACGCGGCUCCUCCCGCAGCGGCCGCAUGGGCUUACGGGGCGAGCGGCGCGUUCCGGAGUUGGCGCGGAAACCGAACUGCCCCUUCGCGGCCGCUGCUCCCCGCAGCCCGGGCUCCCGGCGCGGGCGGCGUCUCCGGAAGUGGCGAAAGGUGGAGGAGAAACUUCGCGACCGCGGAGCGCGCGUGCCCCGGACCUCAGAAAUUAUGUCGCCUGAAAUUGCACUGCGCUGGUUUUGCAGAUGCGCGUGGAUCUUUCUGAGAUUUGAACAAACCUGUGAACACCGCAAAAGCUGUUCUUCCUGUUUUGACUCAAGUAUUGCUAAUAUUACUUGCUAUUGGAUAGAGUGUAAAGAAGCAAAUAAGAGCUACUGUUCUGAUAAUUCAACAGUUAGUAAUUGUAGCGUGGUGAACAACACUGCCUUGUGUUCUGCGCCUACUCCUACUGCUCCAGUGCCGACCAGUGCAACAGCUAAAACCACAACUCCGACUUCCCCUUCUUCCACCACCGUUACCACAACAGGUGCAGCAAAUACCACUGUGACUCCAACCUUGGGACCUGGGCGGAAGUCUACCUUUGAUGCAGCCAGUUUCAUUGGAGGAAUUGUCCUCGUCUUGGGUGUACAGGCUGUGAUUUUCUUUCUCUACAAAUUCUGCAAAUCUAAAGAACGAAAUUACCAUACUCUGUAAAUGGACAUAUUAAAUUAACGAGGACUGGUAAUUCAUUUGUGUAACUCACUGAAACCAAAAUACUAUCUUUCAAGAAGUCCCACAUGGAAGAUGCUAUUCCAGGAUCUUUAAAUUUACAAAGGAUGGGUAGGAUAUUUCGGAGCAUCAUCCCUGAAGAAAUACCAGUUAAACCAUUUUGCUCAAAGGAAUAUUCAUAAAAUAUUCUGCAUGAAUCCUUGGGGCUGUCUUGUUUUACUUUAAAUGGCUGCUGCUGUGGGAUUGUUUCUUUUCUUGACAUGCCAAAUAUAACUUUCUGUAAGUAAUGGGAGAUGUUAUUCUGUGCAGACAACCUCUUGACCCUUGGCAGAUUAAAUUUAGUCAUCAUAAAGCCUGAAAGCUGCAUUAGUUUCAUCCUAACUCAAGCUGUUGCUUAGUGGCCAGAAUUGAGGAGUGUGCCAAACAAGCGUCCGCCGGGUAGAUUUUGGACUAGCAUUUCAGAAGUGGAAUUACUCUAUUUAGUAGUACUAAACAGUAUCCUUAGAAUAAAAUUUGCGCUCGAUGUUAUUUUUUUCUACAUUAGAAAUAAGUUGCCACAUAAGGAAUUACAUUCCAGACUUAAAGAAAUGAAUGGAAAGGAUACAAACCAUUAACGUAUACCAGGUUAUUGUUCAUACUUGUAAAGCACCUUAUGUCAUUUGAGAACAUAAAGAACAGUGCCUUAAAAGACUGACUGAAAGGUAGGCUGUAGCUUAAAAUGUUUAUGAUUUGUUACUUUACGUUAAUGAAGGUAAAGGUUGAGGAUAUACUGUCGAAGUGAGCAGUAGUAAACCUGCCUCUGGUUAUCAUACUGUUAAUAUUUAAUUCACAGCAUCUUUUUUCAGAGCUGAGAACGUUAAGCUACAGAGUUAAAAGCCGUCAUAUUUUAAACCUCCCAACAUUUUUCUUAGGGCUAUUGAAGAGAGAUAAAAAUAAUUAGGUAUCUUUAUCUUUGUACUUAAAAAAGGUUCCCUAACAUAGUAGUUUGAAAAGAUUUCUCCCAAGCUUUCCUGGAAAAUAACUUUUUUGAGGCUAUAAGAAAAUAAGUUUUAGAGUCAUUUAUUCUUCAAGUGAGACAAUCAUGUUAAGUUUUCAGAGCAAGUACCAGUAGUGUAAUUUCACAAAACUUGUGGGUUUUAAGCCAGAUGUGGUGAUGCACAUCUCAAAUUCUAGCAUUUGGGAUGCUGAAGCAGGAGGAUCUCCAUGAGUUCGGGGCCAGCCUGAACUACAAAAUGAAACCCUUUUUCCAGAAAAGCCUGAGGUUUUGAUCUGGUUACUGUAGAUUUUUAGUGAUUAUCUUGGAUAGGCUGCGCUUCAGCCUUUUUUACUUUCUCUUUCCUUCUCUUGCUGUCAGUUGCUGUAGAACGGUAGUCAUGAAUACUUUCAUUUCUGGUAUUUCUCACAAAGCCCUAGAUUUCUUAGGUUUAGGGUGGUUCCUCCCUUGCCUUUGACACAUUGGACUAGUUCAGAGGCCUUAAUUAGUUGAAAAUAGGCUUUUGGUUUUCUAGAUCAUUAUUUUUUUCCCCUUUAGCUUGCGGUAGCUGAGUUUAGCAGUUGGUUUUCAGUAUUUUAUAGUAGGAAAUGACACACUGCUUCGGUUCAUUUCAUAAAGUGAAACUCCUUGUAUUUAGGUGAUUAUAUUAAAGGUUCUCAAAAUGAAGAGUUACUGUUUCUUUGUCACUUACUGGUACUGUUAAACAGCUAAAGUUUGUUUUACUUGCACUUUGUACAUACACCUAAUGUUUUCAAGUGCCUUAAUUGUUUAAAUCUCUGGCUUCAAAGAUUUUUGGAAAAGAGUAGGCUCACCUCACAAUUUUGUGUAUCCAUUAUUAGUAAUAUUUUAGGUACUUCACAUGAUGUAUUAUGGUGCCAUGGCUGUUAGUAUUUAGUGAGUGCUGUAAGAUUCAUUUGAAAAUACACAGAAUUUCCAUCCUCACAAGUUGGCAAAAGUGAGCUGCAGUGGUGUAAUUGUCACUUACCUGGAUGAGUAUUGGUUGCCGCACGUUAAUGUCAACACGUGCAGGGAGUUUUGUGGAAAUGAUUGGAAGCUCCUGUAAUUGGGGCACUUCUCUGACAAAACCCUAUGAAGUUAGAUUUGCAAACCUACAGGUGAGCUCUUGCAACAGAUUCACGGCCUCUUUUUUUCUCCUUUCCUUUUAGCAAUUAGUAUCUUGAGCCAAUAAUUUUGGGUUUUCUUAAUCCAGAAGGUAUAUAGAAACCUUUUCAGAUUUUUCAUCUGAUUUGUUCAUGCUGAUGUAGUUCUGUCAUACCUUAUUUUACCUUACAGAUACUUAAUGCAUAGGCAGACACUGCUGUAUUUAGAAAUUUCUAUUUCAGUUCAUUAAAAACUUCAAUCUGUAUCAUGUACCAAGCUGAUUUAAAAUAAAUGUAUGUGUUUAUUGAA